AUGCCUUAUCGCCUGGAUACUCAUGUCCCGAUCGUGGAUGCAAACGUUAUUCACAAGGUCGAUGCUGGGAAUGGCUCUGACUUGUAUUCCAUGUGGACGGUCUUUUCUCGAUGCGCGGACUCUAUUAAGCAAGGUAGAAGACUAGAGAACCUCAGCUGGCGCCUUUGGCAACGAGAGACCUCUGUCGUCGAGAACGAGGAAAAGACCACCCCAGAUGCUCUCCCUCAGAUCAUCCCUACAGAGACGCGGAUACCCGAUCUUCCUCGACUCUCUGGCAGCGUCGGGUCCCUGGUAGACCAAGGGGCCGUCGACCUCGAUUCCGUGUUAUCCCCCCUCGAGAUUGCUCGCCCUUGCGUGCGGCGCCAGGACUCGUGUACAAGCACCCACAGCAAACGCGGCCGCCACAUUAGCUCCGGCGACUUUGAGAAGAUGAUCGUCUCGAUUGUCAAUGACCAGAUUCUUCUGCCCGCUCCCCCUCAGCUGGCUCUCGUGUCUAAGGGCUCGCAGCCUGCGCCACCGCCAUUCGAACGCUCCGCAUCUCCUACCACCGGGCCGCAAUUAUCUGCAAAGUCUGCUGCCGAGGCGUGUGGGGCCUCGCCACGACCUUCGCCUCAGAGCAAGUUACGAACCGCCGCCGUUCGCGGCUUCGAGCUUUCCCAGCUGCCCGUUCCGCAAACCAUUGCCAGGGCUACCCAAUUCUCGCCAGAUGCGAUUCCCGAGCUCACAUCCUCGCCAGUUGCCAGGCCUAUGCAGUCAAAGAAGCCCCCCCGGGUUGCGCCCGGAGGCUCUCGUUCUGCUAGUGAGCAGGAUCAGAGUUUGGACGAUGGCAACGAGCCCGCCAAAUUCGAGAUUGGGGUUUCAUCUGAAGAGGACGGCUCCCCCAAGAGCGUAAUGGCUUCGUCGCAGCCCAGCGCCCUCGUGUCACGGUUCGGGAAACACGCCUCUUCAAGCAAGAACGUCACGAACCAGACCACUCUCGAUCACGAUGCCAUAGGCUCGAAUACGGACUACAUUGACGAGAGUGCUAUCGAUGACGACGACCCGUCUAACUGGGCGGACUCGGAUGGGGACAGCGACGAACCUAACAUGGAUGACAAGCUCUUUCGGCGGGUGGACUCCAAGCCCAACUUGACAUCGUGCCGGUCCCUCGUCGCUCUCAUGCUGGCUCAGAACGAGCGCGCACGCACUCAUUCUAACCGUGCAUCGCAAUCCACAUCCACCGCCGACAGUCCUUCACUGGGAGCCUCGCCAAACGACUCAGAUGAGGCACCUCUCACGAUGAAGGGCAUGCGCGGACCCGGUCUUGAGCCAAUCCAUGAGGCGCCUUGGUCUACGGCCCAACCAAUCAUGAUAAGCACCGACCAUAUGCAGGCCCAGGCCGCCCUAUCACCUCGGACGACACGCCGCAACAUGUUGGCGACCGAGCUCACCGAGUCUCUGCGCCGCCAUCUCCUCUGGGAGCGACAGCAAAAGUCAUCGACGGCCAAUGCGGUUCUCAAGCGGCGGCACAUGUUGCACGACGAAGCCAACCUGAAGCAGUGCCCAAAGAAGCCAUGCAUGAAGAGUAAGGACGACAACACGAGCAGCUAG